CCAGCCACAGAGCCGCUCGCAGGCUGUUGAGCGUAUCUGCACCGGCCGCGUAAAAAUAUUUUGUGGAGCAGCAAGCAGCCCCCCGGCGUCCACGUAAAGCCGCAGUCUCGUCUCGGUCGUCGUACUCCACGCGCUACACCGACUUCCAAGUGCCAGGGGAGCCCCUCUCGGUGCAAAUUCACCCUCCACUCGCAUACGCAUACACAUAUAUAUAUAUAUAUAUAUAUAUACAUAUACACACACUUGCGGUGACACGGACCUCGUACGGGGCAACCUCGAGUUAUCCGUAAAACUUCAGGCGUGUUGUCCAACUCGAGCGGCACCACGGCGAAGAAGACGCUGCACCCGAGCGCGAGCUACCGGGGGAGAACCAGCCGUCACUUAUCAAUGGGCAGCUGACCACGGGCCUACAAUCGGAUCACCAAUACAGCACCCCCGUUGUCCACAGCACCGCGAGAUACGAGGUACAAAUGACUCGGGUGGCGAGCGAGGCACCUUGCAUAGGCAAACCCUUGAAAAGUACCUUCGAGAAAAAUACCAUCGUCAGCAACGGUGAUUAGCUGCCGCAGCAGCCACACUGGGCUUCGCGCCUACUCGACUCCCCUGUACCACACCGUCACGGACGUUUUAAGCCAAGGCGAGCCGAGAUGGAGUCGAUGGAGUUACACACCAAGACGACUCAAAAUUCAGCAACCAAGCCGCCAAUAUACGUUUCCAAGGAAGCCCAGCAAAAAGAAGAGAACACUUAUGGAGCUUUUCAAUCAAAAGACCCGAUUCUACGGCUCGAUAAGGAUAUCGAGGCGCGGAAAAGCUGCGGCGACGAUGGCCACGGCGGAGCGCCUGCCCACACAACAUCGUACGUGGAGACGUUGAUGCACCACUUCAAGGGCAACGUCGGCUCGGGGAUUUUUGCCCUCGGCGACGCUUUCAAAAACGCCGGUCUCCUGCUCGCACCGCCGCUCACCAUAUUCCUCGGCUUCAUAUGCAUCCACGCCCAACACGUGCUCCUCAAGUGCAACGAGGAGGUGACGCGAAGGCUCGGCGAUUCAUCGGACGCGCAGACCGGCUACGCGGGCACGGUAGAGAUGUGCUUCGCAACUGGACCCCUCGCCCUACGAAAGUAUUCAGUAUUCAUGAGAAAAUUAGUUAAUCUGUUUCUAUGCGUUACGCAACUCGGAUUUUGCUGUGUCUAUUUUGUCUUUAUUUCUACGAAUAUGCAGCAGGUGCUGGGAGUCUGGGGCCUCAACUUGGACGUCCACGUCCACAUGAUCAUCGCACUGGUCCCCAUAAUGCUGAGCACGUGCAUCCGCAACCUAAAGUAUCUGGUCCCGGUAUCUUCCGUGGCGAACAUACUUGUGAUAUCCGGUUACGCGGCGACCCUGUACAUGGUGUGUCAGGACCUACCCCCCAUCUCCGAACGAAGAUACGUGGCCCCUUGGAAGAACUGGCCCCUAUUUUUCGGCACCGUCAUCUACUCCUUUGAGGGCAUCACUUUGGUGUUACCAUUGAAGAAUGAGAUGAAAAAACCAAAGAACUUCGACAGGCCAAUGGGCGUGCUGAACGUCGGUAUGGUUAUCGUCGGUGCUAUGUUUGUGGCUCUCGGUUUCUUGUCGUACCUGAAAUACGGAGAAGAUAUCUUGGGAUCCGUCACUUUGAAUCUCGAGCCCAAAUCCGACACGGUACCACGAGAAGGAUUUAGUUUAUACAACAGCUUACCCCAGUGCAUAAAGCUCGCGUUGUCGAUGAGCAUCCUGUUGUCCUAUGCUCUUCAAUUUUAUGUACCUGUCGCCAUCAUGUGGCCCCAAUUCGAGAGCAAGUACGGCCCGUUUGGCUGGCCCGCCUGCGCGGAGCUCGCGUUCAGACUGUCCUUGUGCUUCCUAACUUUCGUCCUGGCGGCGGCGAUCCCGCAGCUCGGGCUCUUCAUCUCGCUGGUCGGGGCGGUAAGCAGCACGGCUCUGGCUCUCCUGUUUCCCCCGAUAAUCGAGAUCGUCGUUUGCUGGCAGAACGCGACCCUCGACAAGUGGACUAUCGGCAAGGACAUCUGCAUCCUCGUCAUCGGCCUCCUCGGCUGCGUGACCGGCACCUACGAAAGUGUCACGCAAAUUGUCAAGGCAUUUAGCAAAUAGUCUUUUAACAGGGCGCGCGCGCGAUCGGUAUCAUCCUCAUCAUUAUUAUUUCAAAAUUGUUGUGUACUAUCGUGAUUUCGUGUAAAAGGGAGCGCAUCAUUUUUUUUUUUUUUUUUUUAUAAACAUAAUUUUG